CGGCCCAACCCCAACCCCAAAUAUUUCCACGCACGCCUCGCCGCCGCCACACCCGAUGCCACCCUCCGCCGCCGGCUGCCACCGCUGCCGGCGGCUUCCUCCCCGCCGUUGACCGCCUCCCCCCGCGCGACCCACGCCAUGCCCCGUCUCCUCGCGCCGUUCCACUCCCGCUCCCGCCGGCCCCUCCUCCUCGCCAUUCUCUCGAACACCUUCUCUGCGUCGUCCACCACGACCGCGCCGCCUCCCCCGCUGCCCUCGCUCUCCCCGCUGCUCCCGCGCCGGGCCGACGCCGCCGCCAAGCUCGCCCCCGUCGUGCGCGCCGUCGCGGACUCCUUCCGCGACUGGUUCCUCCUGCGCCGCCGCGGGGCUGCGGGGGCGGUCGCGCCGCCCGAGGCGCUCGACGCGAUCUACGGCGCCCUCGCGUCCGAGGACGCGGCCGCGCUCGAUGCGCUCCCGCUCUCCGAGGAGCUCGUGCUGGCCGUGCUCCGCCACCGCCCGCGGCAGCUCCCCGACGACGACGCGCUGCUGCUGCUCCGCCUCAGGUUCUUCGACUGGUCGGGGAGCCGCCGGCGAUACUCCCACUCCCGCGCCGUCUACCACGCCAUCUUUGGCCUGCUCUCCCGCUCGCGACGCUCCGGCGUGGUGGUGGACUGGCUCCGCCUCUUCACCAACACCGCCGCGUCCGCCUCCCGCUCGCGCUUCCACGACACGCUUGUCGUUGGCUACGCCGUCGCCGGCGAUCCCCAGCGAGGGCUCAGCAUCCUCGGACGCAUGCGCUUCCGCGGCCUCGACCUCGACGCCUUCUCCUCCCACAUUCUCCUCAAUUCCCUCGUUGAGGCGUCACUCUAUGAUUAUGCUGAUUCCUUCUCCCGCCACCUUGCUUCCAGUCCCGUGGCGACCUGCAUUCGCAUCAAGAGCCUCUGCCGCCAAUCCCGCAUCGGAGAUGCUGUGGCUCUCCUGGACACGCUCCCUUUCGACGAGGCAUCCGGUGGCGCUGCAGCUGGCUCAAUCAUCACAGUCUUGUGCCGCCGUGAGCGCUUCGAUGAGGCAGCUCAGAUUGUUGACAGGUUCCCUUCCCCUGAUGUGUACGGCUCAUGGAUUCAUGGCCUCCUUGAGGCUGGAAGGCUUGAUACUACGUUGCAGUUCCUUUCUGAGAAGAAAGAGGCUGAGGGGUAUAUUCCUGAUGGACGUCGGUAUGACAGGCUUAUUUAUCGCUUGCUUCGCAGUAACAGGCUUGGUGAAGUGUAUGACUUACUUGUGGAAAUGAUGGAGGAGGGCAUUGCUCCAGGCCUUUCAACCAUGAAUUCCGCCCUUUGCUUCUUUUGCAAGGCUGGGCUUGUGGAAGUCGCAGCACACUUGUAUCGGUCAAGAAUGGAGCUUGGGGUUAACCCUAACAACGAUGUCUAUAACAAUUUGAUCAGAGCUCUGUGUCAAGUUGGGGACACAGAAGAGGCAUGUUUGGUGUUGGAACAGGCUAUGGCAGAAGGGUACUUCCCUGGGCGCCAGACAUUUACCAUGUUUGCAAAUGUCCUUUGUCAGGAGGGGAAGCUAGAUAAGGUGCGGGUCCUUCUCGACAGUGCACUCAAGCAGGAGGCAUGCCCAACAGACAGUGUCUUGGCCAAGUACCUUGUGGCAUUGUGCAAGAGUGGGGAUGUGGAGGCAGCAUGUCAAGUGCCUCAGAUGUCAAGCAGUAAAAGUCCUAUGGGCUUGUAUCGAUAUGAGUCAACUUACAAUAGCUUGAUUCGGGCAUUAAUAUUGAUCAAGAGGGUGGAUGUGCUGCCAAGGCUCCUAUUGGAAAUGCAAGAUAUGGGCCACAUCCCAAGCCGAAGCCUCUAUCAGUCGGUUGUGUGUGCUAUGUGUGAGGUGAACAGGUAUGCUGAGGUUCUUGAGCUGCUGAACAACCAGUUGCAACGGACUGCACUACACCCUCGUGUAUGCUACAACUACUUCAUUUCUGGGGCUGGGCACGCUAAAAAGGCUGACAUGGCCAGGGAGGUAUAUAACCAAAUGGAGUAUGCUGGGCUUGAACCAUCAGGAGACAGCAAUGUCCUUCUUCUUAUGAGUUAUCUGAGGAGCAAGCGUAUUGGCGAUGCACUAAACUUCUUUAACUUCAUUCGUGACAAGAAGGCACCACGCACCAAGUUAUACAAUGUAUUCAUAUCUGGUCUAUGUGAAGCUCGCAAGCCAGAACAGGCAAUGGUGUUCUGGAGGGAAGCAAGGGAAAAAGGUUUAGUCCCGAGCAUCAGCUGCUAUGAACAGCUUGUGCUCCUGUUGUGCUCCGUGAGAGAUUAUGACAAUGUCAUAAAGAUUAUUGAUGACUUCAGAAAAACAGGUCGCCCUGUUUCAGCUUUCCUGUGUAAUGCUCUUCUGUUGCACACAUUGAGAGGUGGUGACCUUCUGAAGGCUUGGAAACGUUCAAGAGACCAAUCAGAGAAGGCAACAGUGAAACCAGAAGAGAUCCAAGGUAAGGGGGUUGGACGAUUCUUGAUUGGUGAACUUGUUAUGAUGUUUGCAAAUGGUAUUAGGAACAUGAAUGACUUAGAGGAUUUAGAAGAGGACCUAGAAAAGCAUUUUCCAGUCGAUGUUUACACUUAUAACAUGCUGCUGCGAGGAUUGAGCAUGGUGGGCAGGAUGGAUUCUGCUUGUAACUUGUUUGAGAAGCUGUGCAGAAAGGGAUAUGAACCGAAUCGAUGGACUUUUGAUAUAAUGAUACAUGGCUACUGCAAGAAUGGUGACAGGGAUGAGGCUGAGAGAUGGAUGGAAGCAAUGCACCGCAAUGGGUUCUAUCCCACGUGGUACACUAUGAGGUUAUACAACAAUCUAGCGUUGCGAGCAAAUGAUCGUAAAGCCAUCUCAUUUGUAUAAAUAAUCAUCUCUCUGCCACCACAAUCAUGCCUUGGUCUGCCUUGAUCCUCUUACUUUACUGAAACAGGCAAUCUUUUGAAGAUCAGAUCUGUACCUGUGGAAGAUUAUUCCUAAACUUAACAUUAAUGUACUUUGAAUCACAUCUCACCUGGCCCCAACACAGCGUCCAAGAUGCGUCUAGGAUACUAGUUGACAUGUAAAUCUAGUUUUACACAAUUUUGCGAUCACAUAUUUUAUGCCCAGAAUUUUGAGGUUUUGGCUAUUCGAUCAUUCGGCAUUGUUUCAUUCGGUGCAACAACCAUUAGGGCCCCACUGUAAUCAGUAAGUUAUAUCAAGCAAUGGUUAUUCUUUUUUGAUCUGGAAGCUAAGCACUAGAAAAUAGAAAUUGAAUAAAUGCUGUUUGUACAAUUUCUGUAUUAGGUAAGAUGUGUGAUGUGCUACUUGGCAAACAAUCAGUAAAUUAUACUACCAUCAAGCAAUGGUCAUUCUUUUCAGUGACCAUUGGUUUUCAGCC